GCAUAUAUAGUAUCUUUAUACUACCAGAAGAUUUAGAUUCAUUCACGUGUGUUUUAAAGAAGUGUAUUCGUACUUUGCAAUUUAUUAUUUGUAAUAAAAUAAAAAGGUCUUCUUUUCAUUUAUAUAAAAUAAAUAUAAAUAAAACAAGUCAAGAUGGCAGAAUUUGUUGAAAAACGAUGCGAGGAUAUGAUCCCUGAAUUGGAACAAAUGGAAAGGAUAAAACUUUUUGACAUAAACGAAAUUCGAAGUAUAGCAAAAAAACUCAAAGAAUUUGAAUACAAAAUUCAACGACAUGUAAAAUGUAAAGAGGAUUAUUUGCGAUACAUUCAAUAUGAAAUGGAUCUCCUAAAACUAAUUAAACAACGUAGAGAUAAAUAUGCCAUUACUCAUAAAAAAUCUGAUAUCGACAAUGCAAUUAAAAAUAAAGUUAAUCUUUUAUACAAAGAAGCCAUAUCGAAGUUCCAAGAAGAUGUUAGAUUUUGGAUUGCAUAUCUUAAAUUUUGUAAACACAUGCGUUUUCAAAAUAGUGGUAAAAAAACAAUAGUUAAAAUGUUACAAGUGCAUCAAGAUAAACCUAAAUGUUGGCAUAUAGCAGCACGCUGGGAAAUUGAAGAAAAUAAAAAAAUAGAUACUGCUCGUCAAUUAAUACUUCGUGGUUUACAUUUUCAUCCAAAUUCACAAAUAUUACUAAUCGAUAUUUUCAGAUUAGAAUUAGAUGAAACAUUAAAAAAUACUGAAAAUAAUGAAAACGAAAUGCAAAGUUCCCCGUCUAAAAAAGAUGAUGAUGAUAUGCCUGUACCGUUGAAAAAAGAUGAUGAUGAUAUGCCUGUACCGUUGAAAAAAGAUGAUGAUGAUAUGCCUGUACCAUUGAAAAAAGCUUAUGUUAUAUAUAAAGCAGCGAAAGAAUCCGUUGAAGAUAUUAAAUUUAUUGUAGAAUUACUUAAUAUAGCAAAAGAAUAUAAGGCAGAACAAUUGGAAAAGAAAAUUGUUAGUGACAUGAUUCAACAAUAUGCACAUGAACCUUUAAUGUGGGAUACAAUGGCACGUCGUGAAUUGGAAGGACUUGUACAACCAUUUGUGUUUGACGAAUCUAUAAUGGAAAUUGAUUCCUCGGAGCAGUCUACUUUAAGAGAUCGUAUAAUUUUUUGUAACAAGGUUUAUCAAACAGCAGUAAAAAAAAUUAAAACUGAAGAAAUGUGGUCCUUUUAUAUAGAAUGCUUAUUAGAAAUAAAUCAAGAUACAGAAAACUUGCCAAAUUUAAAAAAAAAAUUAUUACAAAAUGCUUUGACGCAGGGACAUCAAGCUAAAAAAUUAAAAGAAAAAUAUUAUUUACAUUGGAUUGAUAUGUUGAGUAAUGAUAUUAAAGAUGAGAAUGCGCCAAAAAAAUUAGAGGAAAUUCUUUCCUCUGCUACUGAGAAUAUUCCUGAUUGCGUUUCUCUUUGGCAUAUUAGAUUAAAACAUUUAUUUAUUACAAAACAGGAAGAAGAAGCUGAUUCUGUAUUUGCAAAAGCAAUACAAAUUCUUGGCGAAAAAUCAUUAUCUUUGUGGAGAAUGAAGCUUUUACAUGCGCAAGUUACAAAUCCCAAUAAAAUUGAAGAAAUUUUUCAAGCUGCAGUACAAGAACCUCUUGAAAUUUCUAAAGAUAUGAAACCUAGUUAUAUCGAAUGGGUGGUUUUAACCAAAAGUAUUCAAGCUGCUCGGAAGAUAUACGAAAGUCUUUGCUUACAACCACCCAUGUGUCUUGAAUUACAUCAAAAAAUGGCCGAUUUAGAACUUAUGCAACCAGAAAUUGUAUUAAAACAUGCAAGACGUCCUUAUGAAAUGGCCACUUUACAAUUUGGUAAAACUAAUCCUAAGAUUUGGAUAGAUUAUAUCAUAUUUGAAAUGAAACAUGGAGAAGCAAAAAAAGUUGGAAAGAUACACAGACGAGCAGUUAAAACUUUAGAUGCAGCUUUGACCGAUACAUUUAUUACUGAAUACGCUUUAAUCAAAGCUAAUCCUGAUUCAAUAAAAUUAGUAUCUUGAAACAUAAGAUAUGUCAAAAUUAAUUUUUUAUGUGUUAUAUAAU